GGGACCUCGAACAUCCACCGGGGCAUUGACUUGGGGAACAGGGAAUAUGGGGCAGUUGGAGGGAUGGGUGUGACCCGCCAGUAGUAGAAUGGUUAAGUGCAUAAGCUCUGCACUCCUCUGUCAGGUUGAGAUUUCUCUUCCACUGUUUUAGCUUUAUUAGGUGCGACUUACAGGUGUGACUUCGGCUUCUGAAGCCUCAGUUUUGUCAUCUGUGGAAUGGACAUAACCGAAGCUACUUCGAAGGACUGUUAAGAGGAUUGCGUGAAACAAUGCUUGUGAAGCUUUUUGCGCAAGGGAGCCCUGGAGACAGGACCUGGCAGGCAAAGCAUGCGUGCUAUCACACAGAACCAUGGGCAGUGUGAAGACCCCUGUGGAGCUGGCCGUCAGUGGGAUGCAGACCCUCCAUCUUCAGCACCGUUGCCGGGGCGGCCACCGGGUCAAGGCCAGGGCGUCCUACGUGGAUGAGUCUUUGUUUGGCAGCCCUGCGGCUACCCGGCCCACACCACCAGACUUUGACCCACCCUGGGUGGAGAAGGCCAACAGAACCAGUGGAGUGGGCACAGGGACAUCACGGGCCUCAGGGGCCAACGGGAGCUGCAAGACCCCCUCCUCCAGGGGCAGCACCCCAACCCUCACACCAAGGAAGAAAAACAAAUACAGACUGAUCAGCCACACUCCUUCUUACUGUGAUGAGUCGCUAUUUGGCUCCCGACCUGAGGGCACCAGCUGGGAGGGCCCGUGGAUGGCAAAGGGGGAUGCUGCCAAACUCCAUGCCCUCUUCUGGACACCCCCAGCCACCCCUAGGGGCAGCCAGUCGCCCCGCCCCAGGGAGACCCCGCUGCGAGCCAUUCACCCAGCUGGUCCCUCGAAGAUGGAGCCCGAGGUGGUGGCAGACUCCCGGAAGCUGUCCACAGAUGGGUUAGACUCUCUACACCCUCGGAGGCGGGAACGUUCCCAUUCCCUUACACACCUGAAUGUCCCCAGCACUGGUUGCCCACCUGCCAGUGCCCCCCACACCAGUGGGCCUCGGGAUCCCAGGCCUUCCCUGUCGGGGGUGACCUUCCAGAACCCUCAAGUGACGCCCAGGGCUCGCUCAGUUCGUAUUUCAGUGCCAGGCAACCCCCAACAAGGUGGGGCCACCCAGAAACCAAAGCCCCCUUGGAAAUGAGUUUCUUGGUCCUCUCAUCAGGUUUGCCUAUGGGGUCACGGUGAGGGGCCCAGUUUCAGAG